GAGCGUUGAAAGAACAGGGAGCACGGCCGUGACGUUACGUUACUUGCGUAGUUCCAUCGUCAUCUAGCCCUCUGGGUAUAUUUACCCCUGCAAAUGGUUCCACCCAUCUUCAUCUUUCUCAGCUAAUUAACCAAUAGAGGAUAUAGAAUCGCAACUCGCAGGAAAGAAAGAAAGCCCCAUUUGUUCAAAAAUCGUGUCUUUUGCUUUCUUUCCUCUCUUGGGUGGGGAAGGUCGUGUGCUUAUUAUCGGCGGAUCUUCAGAUUUGGGGAUUUGGGGUUUGCUGAGAAUGUGGGGUUUGGGCGGGAAACACUAUUGGGGGAGGAAGGAGGGAUCAGAAGGCAAAGUGGAAGGGAUAGUGGUGGUGUUUGCGUGGAUGUUCAGUGAACCCAAUCACUUGAAGAAAUAUGUCGACUUCUACUCAUCUCUGGGCUGGAAUUCCCUCGUUUGCCACUCCCAGUUUCUCAAUAUGUUUUUUCCUGAUAAAGCCGCAGCCCUGGCGUUAGAAAUUGUAAACGAGCUUCUUGAGGAGCUAAAAGCCAGGCCAUGCCCUGUGGUCUUUGCAUCUUUCUCCGGCGGCCCAAAAGCCUGCGCGUACAAGGCUCUUCAGAUAAUUGAUGGCAAAUGUGAGGAGUACUGCAAUUUGGGAGGAGAAUACAGUCUAGUCCGCGACUGUGUUUCUGGACAUAUAUUUGAUUCUUCCCCAGUAGACUUCACUAGUGACAUGGGUACUCGGUUUCUCCUUAGCCCAGCCUUUUUCAGCACGGCUCGUCCUCCACCCUUUGUCAGAUGGUUGGCCCAUGGCUUUGCUUCCAGUCUAGACUCACUCUUUCUCAGCAAUUUUGAAGCACAACGUGCUAAUCUAUGGCAAACUCUAUAUGCUUCCGUGAGCAUUGGAGCGCCUUAUCUCAUUCUAUGCUCAGAAGAUGAUGACAUUGCUCCAUGUCAAACUAUUCGCAAUUUCGCUCAGCGGCUGAAAGAUUUGGGGGGCGAUGUUAAACUCAUAACAUGGACUAGCUCUCCCCAUGUUGGUCACUAUCGCCAUCAUCCCAAAGAAUACAAGGAGGCAGUAACUGAGGUUUUGUCAAAAUCCUCUUUUGUCUAUUCCAAACGAACUUGUCAAGUCAAAAAUGAGAAGACGACGACCAUGGAACACAGCAACUGCAAAAACUAUGGGCAACCCAGAGAAAGAGAAGGGGGAGAUCUUUGGGCAGAAGGGGGUGGUGAUGAUCAAAAUGUUCCAAACAUUUCCACCCGGACGAGAAUCAAUGGCCAUGGAGUGCUUGGGGAGAUUCUGUCUGAUGUUUGUGUGCCGAAGAACGUGGAGGGGUGGGACAUGAGCAUGGGACCAAGGCAUUCCCCACGUUUGAGCCUUGCAAAGAGUGUUCGUCGUUCCAGAUUAUGAUAUUGUUCUUCUGAGUUGGGCUUUAAGGUUGGGGGAAAUGCUUGAGUGCUGGUUUUAUGAGUAUUUUUCAGUUUUUUUUAUACACGAUUCGUCUUUUUUAUCGUAAAAUUGUGCUAAAUACAGAGAAGUUCAAGACCCAAAUAGCAAAUAAACAGUUGCAACUUUUGAUUUUCAUGUCUGGUUUAUGAAUCUGAUUAUGGAUGUGAAGUCUUAGGAAUGAUUAUUAAUGAUAAUGAAGAUUGUACCAUAAAGUUGAACUAGAAUCGUACCGUAUUGAACUUUAAUGGUAUUGAAUCGUUUGACGUGUUUUCGUAAAUGAGAUUUGUUAUUUUCAUUCCAAACUGGUUUUGAAUUGUUAUCAAAUGGGAUAGAAUCAAAAUACGAAAUCUUGAAAUAAUUUAUCCCAAACUAAAUUGUUUGAAGUUCAAUGCACUGCGAAGUACUGCGUAUUCUUUUGUACUCCCUCCGUUUUUUAAAACACUUCCUCUUUCAUUUUUUUUACUUCCAACAAAACACUUCCACUUUCUAUUAAAAAACCACUUUUACCCUUACUUUUUCAUACCUUACCUAUCACAUCAUACUUUAUAUCUAAUAAUCUAUCCAUCACAUC